AUGCAGCGCCGCGGUUGGUGGGUUGUCACAUUAUGCUGGUUAGCGUUGUUGCAGUGUUCAAUGGUGUCUGGUCAGGUCCCGGCGCCGAAAAAAAUGGACCUACAUUGGCAACCUGCCACCGCCACUUGGUACGGCAGUCCUGACGGCGAUGGAAGCGACGGGGGAGCAUGCGGGUACGGGUCAUUAGUUGAUGUUAAGCCGCUGAGGGCCAGAGUGGGAGCGGUGAGCCCGGUGCUGUUCAAGAACGGUGAAGGGUGUGGAGCGUGCUUCAAAGUGAAGUGCCUAGACAAGAGCAUAUGCUCGAGGAGAGCCGUCACCAUCAUUGUAACUGACGAGUGUCCCGGCGGGUACUGCGCCAAUGGCCGCACGCACUUCGACUUAAGUGGUGCGGCCUUUGGCCGUAUGGCUAUAACCGGCGAGAAUUCGCAGCUCAGGAACCGAGGCGAACUACCAGUUGUUUACAGAAGAACCCCAUGUAAAUACCCUGGAAAGAACAUUGCCUUCCAUGUCAAUGAAGGCUCCACUGAUUAUUGGCUCUCUCUUCUGGUGGAGUUUGAGGAUGUUGAUGGAGAUGUUGGGUCAAUGCAUAUAAGAGAAGCAAAUUCCAAUGAGUGGUUAGAGAUGAACCAUGUAUGGGGAGCAAAUUGGUGCAUCAUCAGGGGACCCUUGAAAGGGCCCUUCUCGGUGAAACUGACAACAUUAUCAACAGGAAGAACACUCUCAGCAAGGGAUGUGAUUCCCAGAAACUGGUCGCCAAAAGCGACUUACACCUCUCGCCUCAACUUCAAACUCUGAUAAAAAAAAGCAGCAGCAGCAAUUGGUCCAUGACACAGCCAGAAGGCUCUCCUUUAUAGUGUUCCUCAUGACACAAAAAAGUGAUCUUUGUCUCUGUUUUUCUUAAAGAAAAGGUACUGGAUCGUUGGACAGCAUAAUAGCAUCCAAGGGCUCUUUAUUUUUCUUUAUGUUUUUUUCAAUUGUUUUUGUUUUAGUUACUAUUUGCAGUGUGCAAGUGUGAUUAUAGUAUAGAUCA